UAAAGCAGGGCAAAUCAUCAGCUCCCUAAAUAAAGUAUGGCAAAUGAUCCAAUCUCCCAAAGAAACUCUUCACCGCCGAGGCUCGUCGGUGGUGCGCCGCCGUGCCGGCCUGCCCCCUGUAGAGCCUGCGUCCGCCGGGCUAGCUGGCCGGCGCCUCUCCGCCGUGGAUCUGGCCUCAUCCGCCUCGCACUCCCCACCCGCAUCGUUCCCCAACCGCUCCUCCUUCCGCCACCAAUUCAAUCUGACGGGACGAGAGCAGGGGGAGCACGGGCGCGUCCGAUUCGGUGCAGUCUCGUGGUGGUGCUUUGGCGGGCAUCUUCUCGUCUCCGAGCCGCCGAAUACGACAGAUCCCACCCGCGGCGCCGAUUCCAUUUUACAGUGAGAGCAGGUAUUGGUGGUCCUGAUCAUGGUGUUCAGCAAGGUGGAAGUGAACCUCAGAAGGCUGCUUCAGGAGGCUCCUCGGCAGCAGAAUCAGGCCAAGCUUGCCCAUCCAGGGAGCUAUUGGAACAGCUUGGAGCAGAAAUUACAACUGAAGGAGUAUCAAGGGUUUCAAAAACUAAGCUCAGUGAGUAUUCAGAAAAGAUUGAAGCACUAGCUGCCACACUGGCUGCUUCAGUGAAAGAAAAUGAAAAUCCAGUUGAUGAGAUCAAAGAAGAAAGCUCUUGUGAAAGAGAAAAGGCUGAGAGUCCAAUAUCCUUGUCAGCAGGAUUGCGAAGGAGAUCAACUAGGGCUCAGGUGGAAGCUGGUACAAGCAGUCAUGAUAGAAAAGAAAGAGAGACUGGAGGGCCUAUUAAAUUGGAUGCAGAAGCUCAGGCUAACAUUGAGAAGCAUAGGGACCUGCAAGACAGUCUGAUAGACGAAAUGGUUGACUUAGCACGUGAGCUGAAGAAAAGUAGCCUUGUAGUGAACCAAUCCGUACAAGAUACAGAGAAGAUCCUUGAUUCCACUGAGAGAGCCAUGGAGCAUAGCUUGGCGAGCACCGGCAGCGCAACGGCGCGAGCCUCUGAGGUCUACUCGCUGGCCUCCAAGACAACCUGCUUCCAGUGGUUGCUCAUUUUUCUGAUGACCUGCAUGUUUGUCAUGGUGGUUAUGCUCAUACGGGUCACCUGAUGUCGUUCGCUGCGACCACUGAAAACGGUGUCAUCAGUAGCCGUUAAGAUUGUACAAUCUUCUAAAUGAUCCUUCUGAACAUAAACACGAACCAGUUUUCCGAAAUGAGCAUUGCUUCUCA